AUGGUUGUUUCGUUUGACGAUCAAUUAAUGGAAGAUUAUCUGAUAAACAUCAUUGUGUUUGGGGUGAUUUCAUGGACGACAUUGUUCUUGUUAGCCAGAAGGAUCUUUCAGAAGCGUUCCUUUGAUUUCUGCAACCGCCUGGUUUCCACAACCCAUGCAAUAGUUGGUGUGACCUUGGCUUCUUUGUCCGUACAAGAUUGGAGCAACCCUGUUUCUCCCCUGGCCUCAAAGUCAUCUCCACAGCAGAUGCGGACUUUGGCAGUGAGCAUUGCAUAUCUCAUCUAUGAUUUAGUGUGUUCCACCAUUGGCAAUGGUGUGAAAAUCGAUAAUUCUGUACAUCAUUUGGUCUGUAUUGUUGGAGGCUGCGCAGGACUUUCUUAUCAAAGGUGUGGAACAGAAAUGGUGGCUGCUUUGUGGAUUACAGAGAUUUCUACUCCAUUGCUUCACUUAAGAGAGAUCCUCAAAGAGUUGGGCUACAAAGACACUGAUCUCAACUUGGCUGUUGAUAUUUUGUUUGCGGCCGUGUUUUCAUGCGCGAGAAUGAUAGGCGGACCAUAUCUGACUUAUGUUACUUUGACUGCCGACAAUCCUCUAGUCAUCAAGAUGGAAGACUAUGUCAUAAACAUCCUUGUGUUUGGAGUGAUUUCAUGGACGACAUUGUUCUUGUUAGCAAGAAGGCUUUUUCAGAAUCGUUCUUUUGAUUUCUGCAAUCGCCUGGUUUCCACAACCCAUGCAAUUGUGGCUGUGGUUCUGGCUUCUUUGUCUGUACAAAACUGGAGCAGCCCUGUUUCUCCAUUGGCCUCAAAGUCUUCUCCACAACAGAUGCAAGCUAUGGCAGUUAGUGUUGCUUACCUCAUCUAUGAUUUAGUGUGUUCAUCCUUUGACAAAGAUGUCAAGAUUGAUAAUGCCAUCCAUCAUUUGGUCAGUAUUGUUGGACUUGGUGCUGGCCUUUCCUAUCAAAGGUGUGGAUCAGAAAUGGUGGCUGCUUUAUGGAUUACCGAGAUUUCCAGUCCAUUUCUUCACUUGAGAGAGCUGCUCAAAGAGCUGGGAUACAGAGACACUGAUCUCAACUUGGCUGUUGAUGUUUUGUUUGCAACAGUGUUUACAUGUGCAAGAAUGAUAGGUGGACCAUAUCUAACUUAUGUGACUCUGUCUGCCAACAAUCCCCUACUAAUUAAGGCAAUGGCUUUUGGAUUGCAGCUAGUCAGUGUGUUCUGGUUUUACAAGAUUGCAAGAAUGGUUAUGUACAAGGUAUCAAGACGGGCAUCCUCAACCGCCAAAAAGAUCCAUUCAAGCUAA